AUGCUCCUACUAGAGGAUGACCCAAAUGCCACUCAUAUCAUGAUAGCCACGGGGACUGAGAUUGCUGGCUAUCUUCGGCGCAUGUUCAUGGAAGCUGUACCUAUGAACAAAUUUGGUGGCCUAGCUUGGCUUUUCCUUGGGCUUACAAGCAUUGACAACCUUCUCUAUGAUGAUGAAUUUACCAGCUACCUUCGCAACCAUCCUGACAAACAUCAGGUACAAGAGUUUCCUAUUCUGGAACAGAGAAACAAGAGUGGACGGAAAAUGUAUGUUCAGGACAAGAUUGAGGAGUAUAGUGAUAAAAUUUUUAGAUUUUUGGAUGAAGGUGUGUUUAUCUACUUCUGUCGUCUGAAGGGGGUGAUGCUUGGGAUUCAAGACACACCGGAGAGAGUUGCAGUGCAAAGAGGGGAGAAUUGGGAUGAGAAGCUCUCACAACUCAGGAAGAACAAGCAAUGGUAUGUUGAGUUCUACAGGCUACUGAAAAUUAUGGUUCAUUUGAAGUUGGGUUAUUCACUUUAUGUUCCUGGACUUCCAAGUUGUGCUAUU